AUGCCUCUGUCUCUGUCCAUCACGCCGCGGAGCAAAAAGGCCGAGCCCUUCUCCAUCGCCAAGACAACCUUUUAUCAUGAUAUACUGCAUUCGCUGCUACAGAUAAUCGAGGCGCGCGUGCUGGAAAUCCCAAAUAAUAGUCCCUACCAGCUUCUAAAUCUGCGCCCGCCUCCGCCAAUGGAUAAGACGGGCUGCUGGUGCAAACGACCAAGCGUUCCGUACCGCCAUACCUGGAAAUCGUGCCCAAACAAGGUGCCGCGGGCAAUCACAGCAGAGACAUCAAUUCUAAAACCCUGCUCGCACAAGUCGACAGAAGAGAUUGGCCACCUGUUCUGCUUUCAACCUUUUCAGGCAGCGGGCGACUACUUUGCAUGGUUCCUCCAGAUACCAGGCCCUCCUCCGUCGCCUCUGUCUGCGCAGGAUAUGGAGCGUCUCAAAACAUGGCUGGGCGAUUACUACUUUAAUGACAGAACGUCGCCGGUUCCUGAAGAUGCGCUCGCUACAAAGCAUCUUGACUUGUUAAGCCGGUGUUUUGUCGAGUUGCGUCAGCCGCCUCCUCGCUCCGACCGCUGCGGAGGUUGGUACGAUGCGGAACGGGCACACAUGAUGCUUGAUUGGGAGCACAAACCACUCAGUGAAUGCAUGGAUAUCUUGCUGCCAUUGAUGGAGUAUGCAGCUAGAGAAAGAUCACGUCGUUUUCAGGGUUGCUAAAGUCACAAGGGGGA